AUGAACCCAACAGUCACAUUCCUAUUCUCCAUUGGUCUGUGUCUGGAUGGGGUGAUUAGGGCACAGAUGGGCACUCUUACCAGGCCUACCCUAUUGGCUGUCCCAAGUCCUCUGGUCUACUAUGAAGGAAAUGUGACCCUCGGGUGCCAGGGCCAAGUGCACAGUGACAGAUUCCAGCUAUGGAAGGAUGGAAAGUUCAUGGAAGAGAAAAAUGCAUCCCAGGGGCUGGCACAGUUUAUGCUCAAGAAUGUGGAUGAAAUGAUUAAUAAAGGAAUCUAUAGCUGCCACCACUAUAGGCUGGGAACCUCAUGGUCAGAGCCCAAUAAACCCCUGUUCCUGGUGCUGGGUGGACUUUUCCCUAAACCUGCUCUGUGGGCCCUGCCUGGCCCAGUGGUGGCCCCAGGGACCAAUAUCACUCUCUGGUGCUCAAGAUCCAAGCUGUCUUCUGUUAAAAAAUGGAAAUUCACUCUGUGGAAGGAUGGAAUGUGGAAACCCUUAAAGAGACAGUUCUCAGCAGAGUCCCAGACUUGCUUCCUCCUCUCUUCUGUGAGCCCUGAGGAUAAUGGAAGCUAUAGGUGUGCUUAUAUGGAACAGAGUGCCUCUCCUAGAGUAUCAGAGAUGAGUGACGUCCUGGAAUUACUGGUGCCAGAUGCAUUCCCCAAGGCUUCCCUCUCGGUCUGGCCAAGCCCAGAGGUGGUAUCAGGAACCAAUGUGACCCUCCUGUGUCAUGGGCCCUCUUGGAGUACUGGGUUUCUUCUGUACAAGGAGGGAUAUGACAAAAUCCUGCAAUGCACAGAUAUCAUUCAAGAUGGAGCCCAGUUCUUCUUGACUCAUGUGACCCCCAAGCAUUCUGGCAUUUACACAUGCAGUUACCAGCCCAGCACCAAUGGCAGUUUCUGGACACAGCACAGUGACCCUCAGGAGCUAAUUGUCAGAGUGCCCAGAAGCAUGAUCAUCACCCUCAGUUUUGUCUCCAUCCUCCUCCUCUGUGUUGCCCUGUUGGCAUUCCUCUGCCACCCAUCCAGCCCUAUGGGAGCCUUUCUGGGAGACAGUCCUAGGAGGUGCCUUUGCUGUCCUUGUCUUCCCCAGACAGUAUCCCCAUCUCAACACCUUGAGGCCUCCAAAGAGGAAACCCUAUAUGCAGAAGUGGCCAAUGAGAGACCAAGGGAAAGAAUGGUCGCCAUGGCUGAAGACCCCCAAAUAGUGACUUUUACUCAGCUGAACAUAAGAAACAUGAAAAAGAAGCAAAUACACUCCAAGGAGAAACCUAUAGAUUCCAUAGUCUAUGCCACCAUGUCCUUGGACUGAGGGUUUUGGUAUCUUUCAUGAAGAAAUUCUCUCCUUUCUUCUUCUCUCCCUCACCCCUAUUUACAUCUUGCCUUGCACACCUUCCCAGGUUCCCAUUGCUGGGAAGUCAUGAUGACUAUUUGGGAUAUUUAUUGAGCUUGUGUAAACAUAGUGGACCUUCCUAUGACCAGAAAAACACAGAAAAUAUAUACAGAGUUAGAGGGGUAUCCCUUGCUGAAGAAUAUGCUAGUAACACAGGUGUAGACCAA